GAGGAGCCGCUCUCCUCUCACCUGCAAAAACGAGCUGACGACGCGGAUACAGCCGAGAGAGACUCGUCGUUUAAAACAGACCAAAAAAAAAAAAAACCUUCCAAGAAAGUGGGAUACAAGUGGCCAACCACGCGAGCGCCAGCGACAGCAGCCGGUGCCUUCAUGUACAUCGUUGUAAAAAGUCAUAAUCCUCUCUCCCUCCUUCCGGGUUAAAAUGGAGGCGACCAGAAACAAGGUGCCUUUACAUGGACCCCUGCGGGACGCACUGGGAGACCGGGAUGUCCUCAACAUGAUCCAGUUGUUGAGAGCCGAGGGAGUCAACGCUGAACACGUUCCUCCUGAAAAAGGCGUUAGCGAGGAGCUGCGAGUAGAAGACAACAGGCUGGCGGAAGCUUCAAAGAUUUUUAAAGAACAGCUUUUCCUCUCUGUGGAUGAUGAAGAAGGCAUUCCAUCUUCUUCAUGCGUACACAUGCAGUCCAGAGGUGAGCACUUUACGCAGCACACAGCAGUGCAGAUUGGGCACAUCAUCAGUGGCGUGACGAGUGUCAGCACUGAUACUGACGGAACCUUUUCGGACCAUCUACUGGCCGCCGCGGACGCACCGCCGCCGCCGCCUUUGGAAGGGCCCCCUGCGGCCAUGUUGGUGCCCGACGCCCACGCCACGGACCCUCCCUUGUACACCUGCAGCCUCAGUCCCAGCCACGUGUCUCUGGAGGUGGACAGCGAGGAUGACGAGGUGGAGUCGAGGAUCCUGUCGUCGCCGCCCUCGUCCACCGUCGAGAGAAACAGUGACACCGGCCCGCCUUGCGCUCGCAGCCUCUCCACCUCCUCGGCGUGUGAACCUGUCCCCAAUAAGCUGAGUGAGUCGGCAAUGCGAUUGCGCUCCUAUUCCUACUCGUCCGCCAAAAUCCCAUCACGUCCUCCUCGCUUCGGCCGGGAUGCCAGCAGCCCAGAUGCCCCGCCCCACGGCGGCAGCCAUAGCCGAUCUCUCCUUCAGGCGCUCUCUCUGUCUAUAUCUCUCUCCCUGCUACACCCGGCUAAGCAAAGAGCCUCAGAGUCACAGUCCCAUGAGAAGAGGGAGUUUCGCUCCCGUCACGACGGUAACGAGGGCGGUGCGGCGCCAGUGGAAUCCCUGCGACAUCUCACCCUAUCUGAGUUCCUCAAAGAGAUUGAAGAGGAACAGGACAGGAACGUGUCCAACAUCCCGACCAAGGCCGAUUCGGACAAGUACAAAGUCAUUCGCACCUUCAGUUUCCUCAAGAGCAAGAUGUCCAAUACGCGCAACAAGACCAAGACCAAAGGGAAGGACCAAGAGAGCAAGGACAGACGAACCACGGCGCGGCACUUUUUCGCCAACACCUGUGUAUCUCCCACCACGUGCGUGGUGUGCGACAAGCCAGUGUUCGGAAAAGACCUUCUGCAUUGCGCUGCCUGCACUGCCACAGUCCAUAAAGCCUGCAAGGAGUCGAUCCCACCGUGUUUUAAGGAGCUCCAGGAGAAGAAUGCGGUUAUUACGGUGAAGAGCAGGACGGCAUCUCUCCCGCAGAAUUUCACCAUAAGAGAGAGUCCUCCUCAAUGCGCGAUGCCACCGUUGGGCUCCAAAGAUCCGGCGCCCUCCGGUUCUCUUGCUGGAAACGACGGUGGUCUCAGCGAGAGCUCAGAGUCGGAGAUGGACACCGCGAAGCCGAGCUGUCGAUCUGAGGAGCUCCAGACCACGUCCUGCAAUGAUUGGACCCCAGGGGAAGACUACAGCGACCUCGCUGCCGACGCCGCCGAUUACGAGGCGGAGUCGUGGAGUUUGACGGUGGAGCACAACUUCUGCAAGAAGCAGGACAAGCGCGCUGUCAAGAGGCAGGACGUCAUCUACGAGCUGAUGCAGACGGAGCUUCACCACCUCCAGACGCUGCACAUCAUGGCGGCGGUGUUCCGCCGAGGCUUGCGGGAAGAAGUGCAGCUGGACGGCAAGGCACUGGAGCGCCUCUUCCCCUGUCUGGACCAGCUGCUAACGCUCCACCGCGCUUUCUUCGCCGCCUUGAAGGAUCGACGGCACAACUCGGCGCAGCCGCGUGAACACAAGAACUACCUCAUGCAGCGCGUCGGAGAUGUGCUGCUGCACCAGUUUUCAGACGAGAGCGGCGAGAAGAUGCGGCGCGUCUAUGGGGAAUUCUGCAGCCGGCACAGCGAAGCGGUCGGCUUGUUCAAGGAGCUCCUGCAGAACAACAAGCGGUUUCACAACUUUGUCAAGCAACAAGGAGGUAACUCUCUGGUGCGACGACGGGAGAUCCCAGAAUGCAUCCUGCUGGUCACCCAAAGGAUCACCAAGUAUCCCGUCCUGUUGGAGCGGAUCCUGCAGUACACGCAAGAGGGCACAGCGGAACACGCCGACCUGUCGGCGACGCUGGCGCGCAUGCGCCAGCUGAUCGCCGCCGUGGAGCUGCGGGUGAGCGAGUACGAGCGGCGGCGGCAGCUGCGGGACGUGUGGAGCCGCACGGAGAGCCGCAGCACGGCCAAGCUCAAGAACGGGCGCACCCUACGCAAGCAGGACAUGAUGGGCCAGACGCUCAAGCACCAGGGCGCCCUCCUGUGGAAGACGGCCACCGGGAGACUCAAAGACGUCCUGGCUCUCCUGCUCACCGACUCCCUGGUCUUCCUGCAAGAGAAGGACCAGAAGUACACCUUCGCCGCUGUGGACCACAAGCCUCCCGUCAUCGCGCUGCAGAAGCUGAUCGUACGCGAGGUGGCCAACGAGGAGCGCGGCAUGUUCCUGAUCAGCGCCUCGGCCAGCGGGCCCGAGAUGUACGAGGUCCGCGCCGCGUCCAAAGAGGAACGCGACGCCUGGAUGAGGAUUGUUCACCAGGCCGUGGAGAGCUGUCCCAAAGAAGAGGAGGAAUACUCGAGCGAGUCAGAAGAGGAGAAGCGUGUCGCCGAGGCUCGCUUUCAAAAGGUCCAGAAAUUGCAAGAGAGUCUGACAAGCCGGGACCAGCAGAUCUGCUCCGGCCUGGAGGACAAGCUGCGGACGUACGCGGCGCUCUCGGCGGGCGCGGCGCCCGGCGAGCCGCGGCUGCUCGUGCUGCCGCGCACGGACGAGCUGCCGCGGGCCAGCGUGCUGCUGGCCGCCGCGCUGCGAGAAGCCGAGAACCUGAAGCACACGCUGGAGUCCAGAUCCGGACGCAGCCCGGACUCGGGCGGAGACUCUGCGUUCGCCGGAAGUCCCGUCACCCCUCCGGAACAGCCGCCCGACAGAGAGGCGGCUUCACCCGCGGACCACGAGACCGUUCAGUUUCCAUCACCGACUCACCUGCAAAGUGAUGACUUCAACGUACGCAGCAAAGCACCCAUAAAGAUACAAAUACAGAGGAGAAGAUGGAUUGCUCGCAGUGUGCAGAGCCUCACGCAGCUGCUCUACAGUCUGCAGGCCGCGGUGACCAUCCAGGACAGCUGCUACGAGCUGCAGAGGUUCCUCCUCCGCGAAGCCGGGCUCCCGCCCCAGCGCCCGCCGAGCGCCCGCGGCGCCGGCGACCGACGAGUCGCGCGGCGCCACCUGGAGAAGUGCAAGGACGACGCGGGGAGGAACCGGGAGUGCUGGGAGAGGGAGCGCCAGGCUCGGGAGAUCCGGCUGGGCGAGAAGGAGAGCGGCGUGGACGAGCGGGAGCGCCGGUGCCUUCUGCUGGCCGAGGAGCUGCGGCGCGAGCGCGAGGAGCUGGAGCGGCAGCAGGAGGAGUACCGGAACAAUCUGGAGAGGCUCCGGCAGGGCCAGAGGAGCAUGGAGAGGGAGCGAGAGCGUCUGGAGAAGCACCGGAAGGUUCUCCACACGUGGAGGCACGGCCGGCAGAGGAGCCUGCCCGACGGCAUCAUCCCGCUGGACGGGCAGAAGAACUCAAGUGUGGGAAACGACGACGUGUUUGCGACCGGGUCGUCGUCGUCGCCCGGCGGAGGCCUCGUCACAAUCUGCAACAACAACAAGCGCAAAGGAAGCGACGGCAGCGCGCACAGUUGCCUCAACACGCUGCUGGCCAUGUCCAACAGCAGAACAUCAGUCGCCCCCGACACCUCCACCCUCAGUCCCGACGCGUACGGACGGCGCUGGACGACGGCGGGCGCUUUGUUUGAUCAGCGCCACACGGGCGAGGCCUGGCCGUCAUCGGCGAGUGAUGGCGGCAAGUCGUACCCGCCGCCAUUGCUAACCCCUGACCUUGGGUGGCCGGUUUCCAUGGAGACGGGCGGCGACGAGGAGGUCCGAGAGGAAACGGUUGUGUACCUCUGAACAGAGAUCGUGUUUAAAUGUGCUUACUUAUGUGUGGCAUCAUUUACAUUAUCAUGAGUCCUGUAAAAUUUGUUACAUUAUUUUCAUCAUCCCCCCCCCCCAAAAAAAAUUGUUUAAUUUCAAUGUAUUUAUUCAUUUUCAAAUAGCUCAUGAAAUAAUUGGUUAAUUUAUUGUAAAUAAAAUACUAAAAAAAAAAUAAUUAUAAUAAAUAAUAAAAAUAGUAAAUGCCUUUUAGUU